AAGUCUACCUAGUCGCAACCAUGCACCACCUCGUCCAAUCGCACCAAUGGGUGUCCCUGAAGCUGCUUUCAGAAGAUACGAAGGUGCUGCAGAUUGUUCCCAAUACGACGAUUUCCCUAGGUAAACUCGGCUCGUUCCCCAGCAACCUCGUCCUUGAGCGGCCAUUCCACAUCACCUACGAGAUCCAAGAUAGACGCGAUGGCGAGAACUUCAACAGACUGCGCGUCGUCCCUACGAGCGAGAUUCAUGCCGAUGCCCUGGCCGAUUUGAACGCCCAAAACGCCGAGGAGGAGGGCACCACCCUCGAGAAUGUCAUCGCCGCCCCCGAUGGCGCCGAAUUCGAAUUGGUGGACCAGGAGAGUGGCAAUGUCGUUGCGCACUCACGCCGCGAGAUUAUCGACGACGCCGCCCGCCAGACUCUGACCGCCGAGGAGAUUGAGCAGCUGAAGCAGGGUAACACAGAUGCCGGCAAGGAGAUCAUUGCGAAGCUACUACUGUCGCAUACCGCAAUCGACCAGAAGACGGCCUUCUCCCUUGCCAAGUACAAGUUGCUCAAGACCAAGAAGUACAUUCGACGCUUCAUGAUACAACCGCUUGACCCUCUCACGCUGGGCAAGUGGCUCUUGGAAGAGAAGGAUGCUGGAAAGGUGCUGGAGAUGAGGGAGGAGAUGAUGGGACUCUUGAACUCGUGGGCCAAUGUCCACUUCGGCGGCGUAUCUCCUGUGGACAAGCCCGAGACUGUGACGAUCGAUGGUUCUGGAAUGCUGGACAAGUCCGAGAUUGGCGGUCGCUGGCUUGUGGUGGAGGACACGGGAGGUCUCGUCACCGCAGCCAUGGCCGAGAGGAUGGGCAUAUUAUACCCCAAGGACCCCGAGGACGUUGAAGAGAUGGAAGAUGCUACAGAUAUUGUCAAGGAAGACACGAACGGAGUCAAGCCAGCAGACGACACCACCGCCAUCAUCGACGAUGCUGCGGUAGAACAGGCACAGGAGACAAGCACAGAGGCUACAGCACAAGACUCGACAACAAAGCCCGAGGGGACCACAGCUGAUGCCACACACAAAUCCCAACCCGCCUUACCCCUUCACCCGCUCGCCACCAACCUCUUGCCCAUUUCCUGGCUGCAACUCUUGGAGCCCGAAGAGGACGUCACAUACUCAACACCGCCCCCCGAGGUUUCGGACGAAGAGCUGCACUCCUGGAAGGCUAAUCGCCGCGGCAACUACCACCGGAAGCGAAGACGUUGGGCGAGAACCCGCUACAUUGUGGACUCGACGCGCGCUGGUGGUUUCUCUGGGCUCGUCAUCGCCAGCACGAUGGAUACCGUGUCCAUCCUGCGUCACACCUUGCCGCUCCUGGCCGGCGGAGCGCCGAUUGCCGUCUACUCGCAAAGCAUCGAGCCGUUGACGGAACUUGCCGAUUGCUUCAGUAUUGCCCGCCGCGCAGGCUGGUCAUCAAAUCCUCCGGCCGAGGCGGCUGGCAAGUCUGUUCAGGAGCUGGAGCGAUGGGAGGGAUCGGACGAUUUCCCCAUCAACCCGACUCUGCUCUUGGGUGCCAAUGUGCAGACGAGUCGCGCAAAGCGCUGGCAAGUUUUGCCUGGCCGCACGCACCCCAUGAUGAUGGGGCGUGGCGGGGCGGAUGGCUACGUUUUCACGGGUUGGAAGGCAGUGCCGGCGGAGGGCAAGGUCGAGGCCAGAGGCAAGUUCAAGAGGAGAAAGGUCGAAGCAUGA